AACCCUAGGACCCAUGAAACAAAAUUAAAAAAAAAAAAAUACCCAAGAAAAAUCAAUUUUAAAGUAAUGAAUAACCAAACAAUGUUAUUUAAAACUAAUAGUUAAAAUUUAUGCUCCAAAAACCUAGCUCUUAACUCUCCAGCACAAUGAUCUUACAUACAUUGAGUGUUUUAGUGUGGGUGCUAUAGUGUGAUAAGCCAGAAAGUAUGCUACAAAAAUCUUUUAGGUUCAAACUGCCUUAGAAAAAUGCUUUAGACAACAACAAAACUUGAAAAAAUACUCACACACACACAUACUACGACAUUGCUUUGUCGUAAUGUCUAGCCCGAAUGUCGUCGCUGCUUUUAAGACUUGAGUGUUGCUGUUUGUGCGUGAGCGUGUGCUUGGUGCAUGCGUAAGAGCGCACGGGCGCUCUUUCGUUGUGUAACGGUCGUGUUUCUUAGAAAUAGCCCUUCUAUAGCAAAGAAAUUAUCUCAUAGGGGCUGUAAGCGUUCGAUCGAGCUGUGAUCUUUGUGUGCAUUUUUUUCUUUGGUUUUGGGUUCUUUUUAUUCUAAGUUUCCCCACUUCCCCCAAAGAGGGAAAAUUUAGCUAAGCUAAAUUCAGUUUGUUGUUAUUGUAAUUGACUGUGUAACUUAAUAAGAGAACUUUUCAUCAUGGCUGCUGUGGCCGGUCUUUAUGGUCUGGGCGAAGAUCGCCAACAUCGCAAAAAACAACAACAGCAGCAGGCGCAUCAACAAGAGCAGCGCGAACAAAAGGAGGAGCAGAAAAAAUUGGCCGAUCGCAAACUGCAGCGGGAGCAGUUGAUGGCAAGGCCAUCAUUUGAAGGGUCUUUACCCAAAUUGAGCAGUCAAGACGAAGAAGGGGGGGCUGGUCAUGGCUAUGGUGGCGGGCCACAACACUUUGAACCCAUUCCUCAUGAUCAUGAUUUUUGUGAAAGAGUUGUUAUAAAUGUAAGCGGGUUAAGGUUUGAAACACAAUUACGAACGCUAAAUCAGUUCCCCGAUACGUUACUGGGGGAUCCAGCUCGGAGAUUACGGUACUUUGACCCGCUGAGAAACGAAUAUUUUUUUGACCGUAGUCGACCGAGCUUCGAUGCAAUUUUAUACUAUUAUCAAAGUGGUGGCCGACUACGGAGACCGGUCAAUGUCCCUUUAGACGUAUUUAGUGAAGAAAUAAAAUUUUAUGAAUUAGGUGAUCAAGCAAUUAAUAAAUUCAGAGAGGAUGAAGGCUUUAUUAAGGAAGAGGAAAGACCAUUGCCGGAUAAUGAAAAUCAAAGAAAAGUUUGGUUACUUUUUGAGUAUCCAGAAAGUUCACAAGCCGCCAGAGUUGUAGCCAUAAUUAGUGUAUUUGUUAUAUUGCUAUCAAUUGUUAUAUUUUGUCUAGAAACAUUACCCGAAUUUAAGCAUUAUAAGGUGUUCAACACAACUACAAAUGGCACAAAAAUCGAGGAAGAUGAGGUGCCUGACAUCACAGAUCCUUUCUUCCUUAUAGAAACGUUAUGUAUUAUUUGGUUUACAUUUGAACUCACUGUUAGGUUCCUCGCAUGUCCGAACAAAUUAAAUUUCUGCAGGGAUGUCAUGAAUGUUAUCGACAUAAUCGCCAUCAUUCCUUAUUUCAUAACAUUGGGUACUGUCGUAGCCGAAGAGGAGGAUACAUUAAAUCUUCCAAAAGCGCCAGUUAGUCCACAGGACAAGUCAUCGAAUCAGGCUAUGUCCUUGGCAAUAUUACGAGUGAUACGAUUAGUUCGAGUAUUUCGAAUUUUUAAGUUAUCUAGGCAUUCGAAGGGUUUACAAAUUUUAGGACGAACUCUCAAAGCCUCAAUGCGGGAAUUAGGUUUACUUAUAUUUUUCUUAUUUAUAGGCGUUGUACUCUUCUCAUCGGCGGUUUAUUUUGCGGAAGCUGGAAGCGAAAAUUCCUUCUUCAAGUCCAUACCCGAUGCAUUUUGGUGGGCUGUUGUCACCAUGACAACCGUUGGAUAUGGUGACAUGACGCCGGUCGGAGUUUGGGGUAAAAUUGUGGGAUCACUGUGUGCCAUUGCUGGUGUCUUGACAAUCGCUCUACCGGUACCGGUUAUUGUCAGUAAUUUCAAUUAUUUCUAUCACCGUGAAACGGAUCAAGAGGAGAUGCAGAGCCAAAACUUCAAUCACGUUACUAGUUGUCCAUAUUUACCUGGUACAUUAGUAGGUCAACAUUUAAAGAAAUCAUCGUUGUCUGAGUCCUCAUCAGAUAUGAUGGAUUUGGAUGAUGGUAUUGAGUCAACGCCGGGACUGACUGAUACGCAUCCUGGACGUUCGAUGGUUCCAUUUUUGGGAGCCACCCAUCAGCAUACUCAUAUAGCUCCAACAGCAGCAGCAGCUAAUGCCGCCGCAGCAGCAGCCGUCGCCGCCAAUAAUAUGACGACGUCUGCUACAACCACAACCCUGCCAGCAACGCCUCAGCAACAGCAACAAAUGCCGACGCCAGACAAGCAACUGCAGCAGCAGCAACAGUUGCAGCUGCAACAGCAGCAACAAAUACAGUUGCAAAAUGGCUAUAAACAAUCUGCCAUCAGUGUUACCAGUAGCGGUAACAUUCAGACCCAUAGGCAUAAUAAUGCUUUGGCAGUUAGUAUCGAAACCGACGUUUGACUACUGG